AUUGUCAAUGGGUAUUUUGUGCAUUACUUUGCACCCCGUGAAAUGCCAGUGUUUCCAAAAAAUGUCGUCUUCGUUAUAGAUCGAAGUGGCUCCAUGGCAGGUAGAAAAAUUGAGCAGACAAGGGAAGCCCUGUUGAAGAUUUUGCAGGACCUCCGCCCAGAAGACCACUUCAGCUUUAUCACCUUUAAUAGCAAAGUGGCGGAGUGGAAGAGCUCUUUGCUGCAAGCCACUGCAGAGAACGCGGCAAGUGCUGCCGGAUUCGUGCAAACCCUGUCUGCUAGUGGAGGCACGGAUAUCAAUCGUGCUCUGCUGACUGCCGUAAGCGUGCUGGAUAAAGCUGAGAGGCUGCCAGAACGGAGCGUCUCCAUGAUUAUUUUGCUGACAGACGGCCAGCCCACUUCUGGUGAGAGUAAUGUGGAAGUAAUUCAAGAAAACAUUCAGAAAGCAGUCAGUGGGAAAUAUGCUCUUUUCUGCCUUGGCUUCGGGUUUGAUGUCAGUUAUAAGUUCCUGGAGAAAAUGGCCCUAAGCAACGGGGGAAUAGCACGUCGUAUCUAUGAGAACGCCGAUGCAGCCUUGCAGCUCCAGGGCUUUUAUCAAGAGGUGGCUACCCCAAUAUUAAUGAAAAUUGAAAUGCAGUAUCCAGAAAAUGCCAUUGAGGGAUUAACCAAGAACAAUUUCAAGCUGUUUUUUGAAGGAUCUGAAAUUAUAGUAUCUGGAAAAAUUAGCAACGAGCUUGAUCUUUUACCAGUAGAAAUUAAAGCUCAGUCACAUGCUAGUGACUUGAUUCUUAAAGAAGAAGCAAACGUCAAAGAGAAGGAGCAAGUAUUUCAAAAUCAAAGUUACAUCUUUGGAAAUUUCAUAGAGAGACUGUGGGCUUACUUAACCAUUCAACAGCUUCUGGAAAAAUCUAUUUCAGCACAAGAGGAGGAGCAGAAAACCCUGGAGGCACAGGCCUUGGAGCUGUCUCUGCAGUACAGCUUCGUUACCCCCCUCACUUCCAUGGUGGUCACCAAACCCGCUGGCCAGCAGCAGACAGAGCUGGCAAACAAACCCACCGAAGCUGAUAAUGAGAAGCCCAGCAGUCUUCCAGUAGGAGAUGCUUAUAGACUGAUGGGUGGAUCACCUCCUGGUCGAUGGCUCUCUGGGUCCCAAUCUGGCAGCAACAAGAAGCUGUCGUCAGCAGCUGAUGAAUAUCCGCAGCUGCUUGUGCAAUUACCCAAACAAAAUGAAAUCAUCUGUUUAAAUGCUGAUGGAAAAGCACAGCCCUCUCUCCACCUGCUGUCAGAUCCAGAGCAAGGACUCACUGUGACGGGGAAACUUGGAGACAGAAUAAACCACUUUGUGCAGUUUGAUAUUAACUAUGUGAAUCCCCCUGCACGAAUCCAUGUCUCCACGGGUGAAAUCAUCCUGAGCCACAGUAAUGAGAGCACUCAGCUGCCGUGGAUGGAGUCAGCCACCACCGCUGUCCAGGGGCUGAGAGUCUCAGUUGAAAAGGAAAGGAGCAUCACAGCAUCAUUGUCUGAUACAGUCACAGUAAAAAUUUCCUUUGUAAAGUUUCCAGAUGAUUUCCUUGGGCUGUAUUUCUUGAACACCGACCGUUUUUCUGACAAAGUCAGUGGAGUUCUGGGUCAAUUUUAUUCAAAAACACAAUUUGAGAACUAUUCCAACACCAGUCAGAGAGCUGAUGAAAAACUCCUGAGUGUGUCUGGAUCUGAGCACAAAGUCACCAGGCAAUACAAGAAAGAUUACAGGCUUGAGUCAACCAGAGAUCCCAUUUCCUGCUGGUCAAUAGAUGUAACUUCCUAG